CAUCAAGUCUUCUGUUCUCUCUUUACAACAAAGUUUUCCGAUUCGUUUUAAACAAAUAAGAAAAUCAUUAUUUUUCACUAGAAAAAACUAAAAAUGUUUACCUUCUCAUUAGAACAAGAUUCCGUUUCUCGUAGAUGUGUUUGGGUAAAUGGCCCUGUAAUUGUUGGUGCAGGUCCAUCAGGACUAGCUGUAGGAGCUUGCUUGAGAGAACAAGGAGUUCCAUUUGUCGUUAUAGAAAGAUCCGACUGUAUUGCAUCUUUAUGGCAAAAACGAACUUACGAUCGUUUAAAACUCCAUCUCCCCAAAAAAUUCUGCCAAUUACCCAAAUUCCCAUUCCCAAAUCACUACCCUGAGUACCCAACAAAGAGACAAUUCAUAGAAUACCUGGAACUAUAUGCCAAACACUUUGACAUAAACCCGCAAUUCAACGAGUGUGUUCAAUCAGCUAAGUACGACGAAACUUGCAGAGUGUGGAGGGUGAAAACUAGUUCACCCAACGGCUUUGAAGUUGAGUACAUUUGCCAGUGGCUUGUUGUAGCCACGGGCGAAAAUGCUGAGAAACUUGUGCCUGAUAUUGAAGGAUUGAAAGAUUUUGGAGGCGAAGUGAUUCAUGCUUGUGAUUAUAAGUCAGGGGAAAAAUAUCAGGGGAAGAAUGUUGUUGUUAUUGGAUGUGGGAAUUCUGGCAUGGAAGUCUCUCUUGAUCUUUCAAAUCAUGGUGCUCAACCAUCAAUUGUGUGUCGUAGCUCGGUUCAUGUUUUACCAAGAGAAAUUUUUGGAAAAUCAACAUUUGAGCUAGCCAUGUUUAUGAUGAAAUGGUUGCCUCUUUGGCUAGUUGACAAUAUUCUACUUAUUCUUGCAUGGUUUAUAUUGGGAAACAUUGAGAACUAUGGACUAAAAAGACCAUCAAUUGGACCAUUGGAACUCAAGAACAAACAUGGGAAAACACCAGUUUUAGAUAUUGGUGCCUUGGAAAAAAUUAGAUCUGGAAAAGUUAAAGUUGUCUCAGGAAUCAAGAAGUUUUCAUGUGGCACAGUUGAACUUGUCAAUGGCGAAAGACUAGAAAUUGAUUCCGUUGUUCUUGCUACUGGUUACUGCAGCAAUGUUCCUUACUGGCUACAGGAAAGUGAAUUUUUCUCCAAGAAUGGCUUUCCAAAAGCACAAUUCCCAAAUAAUUGGAAAGGAAACUCUGGACUAUAUGCAAUUGGAUUUACGAGGAAAGGGCUAGCUGGUGCUUCUGCUGAUGCUAUAAAUAUUGCACAAGAUAUUGGCAAAGUUUACAAAGAAGAUCUCAAACAAAAAAAGCAAAAAGUUUCCACACAUAGAAGAUGCAUCUCGACCUUUUAAUCCAACUGAAACAUAUAAAAAGUGGGAAAAAAAAUUAACACAAAAUUCCCUUCAUUUUUUAUAACAGGGGGAUUAAAGAAGAGAGAUGUAUAAAAUAAUUGUGUAAAAUAUGCUAUGUAUACAAAAGGAAAACAGCAGAAGAUAGUUUAUACAGAGAGAUCAGCCCUCUCCAAGAAAAUAAAAUUAAAAAAGCUCAAGUUUUGCUACAGUUUGGGCUUUUUACCAGGGGAUGAAGAGGCGUUUCUCUUUUUUCUUCCAUAAAUUUGUUUUUGUUUGUAUUGACUUUUCAUUAUACAAAUUUGUACAAUUAUUAUUGAUUAUUUAUUACAAUGACAAAGAUUGUUCUAAGUUU